AUGCUUUUCAAUCGUUACUUGAAAAUUGUCAUUCUAUUUCUAUGGUUAAUCGUGCCAGCUUAUCUCCAAACAAUUUGGCAGUCGCAGACAAAUGUGUCGGAAGCCGGAUUGGAAUAUUCCGCUUUCGAUAAUCAAACGUUACUAUUUCAAUAUUCUGCUAAAUCUUUGAUUCUAUGCACGGCACAAUGUUUUGCAAUUGCAAACUGUCGUACCUUCGACUUCAAUGCUCAAACACGACGCUGUCGUCUUUUUGAAGGCGACCUAUCAACAUCAGGCUCAAUUAUUGCAUCAGCAUCAACGCAAUCACGCGUUGGAUCAAUUCAAGUGUCACCGGCGCAGUUCGCUGCUCUAGGAGCACCUUGUUCAUCUUGCCAAGGUAAUAGAUAUCUAGUAUGUAUCGAAGCAACUUGUCAAUGCCUACCUCACACAUACUUUGAUGGCUCGGUGUGCAAAAGUCAAAAAUUACUUGGAGCAAAAUGUAAUAUGAGUUAUGCAUGUCGAACUGAUUUGAACUAUACGUGUCUACCACGCAAACAAUGUGGUCGUAAGUGCGUUACUCGUACAGAUGAAUUUUUCAAGGAAUUCUAUUUUGUAGCUGCUUCUCUACAACUUGGGACAACUGUGGGCGGUCGAUCGAAUGGUGCACCAGGAAAUUCAUUGGAUGCAUUAAAAACCCCUGCAGGAUUAUUCAUCGAUCCGUAUGGAUUCAUAUACGUCAGCGAUCUUGCUAAUAAUCGUGUUAUUAGAUUACGAGAAGGCUCAUUAAAUGGAACAAUAGUAGCUGGCGAUGGUACGGCAGACGCUACGAAUGCACGGUUGUAUCAACCAGCCGGCAUAUACUUGGAUUCAGCAAUGAAUAUGUAUAUAUCCGAUAGCAAGAACUAUCGAGUUAUGCUCUGGAAGCAGAACGCUUCCACUGGAAUUCGUGUAGCAGGCACUGGGAUUUCGGGCAGUUUACUGAGUCAGCUUAAUAACAGUGGCGCAAUUAUUCUUGAUUCAGUUGGAAAUAUGUACAUAAGUGAUACAACUAAUCAUCGAGUUUUAAAAUGGGCACUGAAUGCUUCGAGCGGUACUAUUGUUGCUGGAACCGGAGUGGCUGGUCCCAAUAGUAAUCAACUUAAUACGCCUUAUGGUAUAUAUCUUGAUGAAACGAACUCAUAUCUUUAUAUUGCUGAUACUUUGAAUCAUCGUAUUCAACGCUAUCGAUUAGGUAAUCCAAAUAACGGUACUACUGUAGCAGGCGGAAAUGGUGGUGGAACAGGAAAUAAUCAAUUCAAUGCGCCUGUCGGUAUUUAUCUUUCUAACAAGACCGGUGCCUUAUAUGUCGCUGACCAUUUAAACAGUCGAAUACAGCGUUGGGAUACCGCAGCGACAAAUGGAGUAACAGUCUCGGGUAUCACUAAUGUUGCUGGGGCGAACGCAUCACUGCUAAACCUUCCUUACAGUGUUAUAUUAAAUGUCAAUGAAACCUUUCUUUACGUUACUGACUUUAAUAAUAAUCGAGUACAGCGUUUUACCUUGAUUUAA